AUGGCUUCAGAAAACUCUCCGUCGGAGUUCGCCAAGAUCGUUCAGUCUAAGCAGACAAGGCAAGCUCGCGUGUGCGGAGCCGACCCUCAGCUGCUGAGCUCCCUGGCAGGCAUCGACGACGCAGAGGUGAUGGUCACCAUCCCCAACGAGCAGCUGGAGCACGUGGCCGAGUUCCAGGAGGAGGCCGACCUCUGGGUCGCCGCCAACGUCGCGCGGUUCCUCCCUGCGACCAGGAUCACGCACGUCCUGGCGGGCGACGACGUGCUGCUGGCGAGCUCCCCGGGCAGCAGCGCCUACUUCCUGGUUCCGGCGAUGGUCAACCUCCGUUCGGCCCUCGCCGCCGCGGGCCUCGGCGGCCGCGUCAAGGUGUCCAGCGCGCUGUCCGGCGAGGCGCUGGCCGACCCGGCGUGGUCGGGCGUCGUGGCCCACGUCCUGCGGUUCCUCGAGUCGUCCGGCUCGCCGCUGUUCCUCAAGUCGCGCCCGUCGGACGCCAGCGACGCCAAGGUCGACUCCGCGUACGCCGCGAUGCGCGCGCUGGGCGUCUCGCGCGUCCCCGUGAUCGCGGCGGACCUCGCGGCCGCCGGCGGCGUGGCGGUGGUGCCGUACUACUACUACGGAUACGGCUACGGCUACCCGGGUGCGGGUGGUCAGCGGCGGUCGCUGGCGGCGGGGACGUUCUGCGUGGCGCUGCAGAACGCGGACCCGGCGGCGCUGCAGGCCGGGCUCAACUGGGCGUGCGGGACGGACCACGCCGACUGCUCCGCCAUCCAGCCCAGCGGCGCCUGCUACCAGCAGAACAACCUGCCGGCGCUCGCGUCCUACGCCUACAACGACUACUACCAGAAGAUGGCCAGCACCGGCGCCACCUGCUCCUUCAACGGCACCGCCACCACCACCACCAAUGACCCAAGUUCAGGCUCUUGCGUUUUCGCGGGAAGCUCCACGGCGGGAGGCUCCAACUCGAGCGUGCCGGUGGGCGCGAGCCCGCCGACCAGCCUCUCCCCUCCGACGGGUUUCACGCCUCCAGUCGGCUCCACCCCCCCGUCGUCGUCGUUCACCCCUCCGUCGGGAGGCUCCAACCCGAGCGUGCCGGUGGGCGCGAGCCCGCCGACCAGCCUCUCCCCUCCGAUGGGCUUCACGCCUCCAGUCGGCUCCACCCCCCCGCCGUCGUCGGAGUUCACCCCUCCGUCCGGCUUCACCCCGCCAGCUGGAGGCGGCUUUGGACCCGGAUUCGGCACCCCGCCGGGUUCCUUCAAUGGCACCGGGUCGUUCGGGCCGAGCGGCACGCUCAACCCUUACAACGGCGUGUGCCGUGGGUUGUCGCGCGCCGGUUUGACGGCUCUGUCCGCCGCUGCCGUCGCCGUUCUUCUUGUGUCCUUGGAUGCGAUGUGA